GCGGUAGCUUCUUUGGCGUCGAGACUGAAAGCUGAACGCUGAACUUUGCGAGGCGCAUAUGGGAUUCGGCUGCUAGUCGGCUUUGUGUUAUUCUUGGAAAAUUUCGCACCACUUGUGAAUUCCUUGAACCUGGGCAUUGCAAACCCACUUCUGUUGGGCCCAUCUCCUUUGCACUUUGCUCAGAUUAAGACUCAGUUGGCGCUUCAGCAGCUGAAUGCCGUUGCCUCACAUGGUUCAACACCACCUUAUGCUUUAUUAAAUCAGGCUUUCUUGAAAAUAGCCAUGUCGAGACCCAGGUUUAAUCCUCGAGGAAACUUUCCACUUCAGAGGCCACGAGCACCUAACCCUUCUGUAAUGAGGCCUCCAGGACCAUUUAUGAGACCUGGAUCUAUGGGUCUCCCAAGAUUUUACUCGGCAGGAAGAGCCCGUGGGAUUCCACACAGAUUUCCUGGACAUGAAUCUUACCAGAAUGUUGGACCACAGAGAAUGAACGUUCAGGUAACUCAACACCGAACUGAUCCAAGAUUGACUAAAGAAAAAUUGGAUUUUCAUGAAGCACAACAAAAGAAGGGGAAGCCUCAUGUUAGCCGAUGGGAUGAUGAGGCUCAGAUGGCUGCAUCAGUAGGAGUGAAACAGAGUUCUAUAGCACAGGUUACGGAGCAGAGUCCUAAAGUACAGAGUCGCUAUACAAAAGAGAGUGCAUCAAGUAUUUUAGCAAGUUUUGGAUUAUCUAAUGAAGACUUAGAAGAACUUAGUCGCUAUCCUGAUGAACAGCUAACUCCUGAAAAUAUGCCAUUAAUUUUGAGGGAUAUAAGAAUGCGAAAAAUGGGGCGCCGAUUACCUAAUUUAUCUUCUCAGAGCAGGAAUAAAGAAACCCUUGGUAAUGAGGCAGUUUCAAGAAAUGUGAUUGAUUAUGGGCAUGCAAGUAAAUAUGGCUACACAGAAGAUCCUCUUGAAGUUCGUAUUUAUGACCCUGAAAUUCCAACUGAUGAGGUCAAGAAUGAAUUUCAGUCACAGCAGAGCAUUUCUGCGUCUCCUUCCUCAUCAAAUGUGAUAUGCAAUUCUAUGUUUCCAGUUGAAGAUGUGUUCAGACAGAUGGACUUCCCCAGUGAAUCUUCCAAUAAUCAAUCUUAUUUCCCAGUUGAGAGUGGAAGCAAGAUGUCAGGCUUACAUAUUUCAGGAGGACAGUCAGUCCUUGAACCUGUAAAAUCUGCGAACCAAGCCAUUAGCCAGACAACUAGCCAGACAGCAAGUCAGUCUCUGAUUACUCCAUCUAUGAACCAGCAAACUUUUUCUUCUGAAUUAAUUUCAACUGUGAGCCAACAAGAGCGGAUCUCCCAUGAACCUGCAAUGAACUCAUCUAAUGUUGGAUCAGGAGGAAAUAAAAAGAAUUAUCAGUCAGAGGCUGAUGCUCCUAUUCAGUCUCCUUUUGGGAUUGUGAAAGCAUCAUGGCUACCAAAGUUUUCUGAUGCCCAGAAGAUGAAGAGAUUGCCAACUCCUUCUAUGAUGAAUGAUUAUUAUGCAGCAUCUCCAAGAAUAUUUCCACAUUUGUGUUCUCUGUGUAACGUAGAAUGUAGUCAUUUGAAGGAUUGGAUUCAGCACCAAAAUACAUCAACUCAUAUUGAGAGCUGCCGACAAUUACGUCAACAAUAUCCUGAUUGGAAUCCUGAGAUCCUCCCAUCAAGAAGAAAUGAUGGCACUAGGAAAGAGACUCAAACUCCAAGAAGACGUUCUCAUUCACCGAGUCCUAGGCAUUCUAGGAGAUCAAGUUCAAGUCACAGAUUUCGUCGAUCUCGAAGCCCAGUACGUCAUAUGUAUAGACCAAGAAGUCGAAGUCCAAGAAUUUGUCAUCGUUUCAUUUCUAGAUACAGAUCCAGGUCCCCUAACCCAUCAUAUCGAAUCAGAACUGCUUUUAGCCCAGAAAGUUACCGAUUGAGUCGCACUGAAAGGUCAUCAAGAAGAUCCGUGAGAUCAUCAGAUAAAGAAAAAGCUUCAGAAGAUACAGUACGAUCCGGACAUGGAUCUGAAACGAGUAAAAAGAAGCAUCUUGAAGCCGUUGAUAAAGAUAAAGGACACUCACCAACACAAAAGCCUAAAAGUAGCAGUGGAUCAAAACCAUCAGUUAAAUCUACAAGUUGCACAAAGAGUGAUUCAAGUACUCGUCAUAAGUCAAAGAACCUUGAAGAUGGUGGCUUACCAGAAAGUAAACAAGCAUCUGAUAAAGUUGUUUCUGUCCAGCGAAAGGUCCGCAAAGACCACUCUGUAGUUGUUGUUGUGUCUGAAUUACCAGAGGAUGGCUGUACUGAAGAAGAUAUCAGAAAAGUAUUUGAACCACUAGGAAAAGUUAAUGAUGUGCUGAUUGUUCCAUAUAGAAAGGAGGCUUACUUAGAAAUGGAAUUUAAAGAUUCAGUUACUACAGUCUUCAAGUAUGUUGAAAGAACACCUCUAGUGAUAAAAGGAAAACGUGUGAAAAUACGUGUACCAGGGAAGAAAAAAUCACAGAACAAAGAGGUGAAGAAAAAGACUUCGGAUUCAAAGAAAACGUCCACAUCUAGUUUAAAAAAAGAUACAGAUUCCUCAAAAGCAGCUGAAAAUGUUCCUUCAUCUUCCACUGCCAAAAGUGGACAAACCAAGACAUCAACCAAAGUGAAUAAACCUUCAGGGAAAUCGGCAAGCUCUGUUUCAGUAGCUACUAAAGGUAAUAAAACUUCAAUCAAAACGGGAAAAUCUAUUGGAAAGAAGUCUCUAGAAGUAAAAAAGUCUGCCAAUGUCAAAAACAAAGACUCCAAUAAACCUGUGACUGUCCCAGAAAAUUCUGAAAUACAGACCAGUGUGGCAGCCAAAGCUGCUGAAAACAAUGUUAAAGAAACAAUUUCAGAAACUGCUUUGGAGACCAAAGGAAAGCAAGAAUCACUUAGCAAGGAAAUAGAGGAAAUGUGUGUGGUCCUGGUAUCUAAUUUGCCUACUAAAGGAUAUUCUACUGACGACAUUUACAACCUAGCGAAACCAUUUGGUGGUUUGAAUGAUAUUUUGAUUUUAUCAUCUCAUAAAAAGGCAUAUAUAGAAAUAAGUAGAAAAUCUGGAGAUUCUAUGGUAAAAUUUUAUACCUGCUUCCCAAUUUCUAUGGGUGGAAAUCAACUCUCACUAAGCAUGGCUCCUGAAAACAUGAAUAUCAAAGAUAAGGAAGCUAUAUUUACAACCUUGAUUAAAGAAGAUGAUCCAGAGGCAAAUAUCGAUAAAAGUUAUGAUCGAUUUGUACAUCUUGAUAACUUACCAGAAGAUGGACUUCAGUGUGUACUUUGUAUUGGACUUCAGUUUGGAAAAGUGGAUCACCACAUAUUCAUGAAUAACAAAAACAAGGCAAUUCUUCAAUUAGAUAGUCCUGAAUCUGCUCAGUCAAUGUACAACUUUUUGAAACAAAAUCCACAGAACAUAGGUGACUAUGUAUUGACCUGCACAUUAUCUCCGAAGAUAGACUCACUUAAGGCUCAAGUUGAGAAAAAUUCAGAACAGGAGAAAGAAAGCUCUGACUUGAAAAACAGUCCAGUUGAUGAGAGUGAGGUGCAAACAGCAGCUGAUAGUCCCUCUGUUAAACCUAGUGAGGCUGAAGAAGAGACGACUUCCAGUAUUCAAACAGAACCUUCUGUACACCAGGAAGAACCUUGUGAGGAACAACUGGAAAAGGCCCUCUGUGACACUGACUUUGCUACUAAAACACUGGAUGUUGAGACUCAAGGAGAGAAAAUCAAAGUGGAAAUGCCUCUGAUGGUAUCUCCUCCAGGCAGUAUUGAAUUUUUUCCUGAAAAUGUAAAGGAGCCUAAUUUAAAUUCACAAGUAUAUACAACUGACUUUGAGAUGGAAGAGUCAGAAAUUGUUAAUCCUGAAACAGAAUUAUCAGCAUCUGAUGGUACAUUUAUGGAAGAAAGGAACAUCAAAGGAAUUCUAGAAGAAUCUACAUCUGAAGCAGAAGACUUCUUUUCUGGAAUUGCACAGUCUGUGGAAGAGGGAGUAUCUGAAGCAAACAAACAUGAAACUGUUUCAGAUAUAGUACCAUCUGCUUGUGUUGUGGCCUUGGUACCAGGAAUUUCCAUUGAGGAUGAGAAUGCAAUGAGCAGAAAGGGAAUUUCUGGGAAAAGUAACAUUGAUGAAAAGGAGGAGAAUGAAUUCAGUACUAAGGAAGCUGCAGUGGAUAUACAAACAGGAACAGAGAAGGCCAAAAAGAAUGAAACUGGGAUGGUUGCAGAGAAGUUGGAAAAGAUUGUGGCAGCAGUGAAAGAAAAGUCUGCAGAAAACACUGUGACCACGGCAUACCCAAAUAAAGGAGUGAAUCAGGUCAAUAAACCUGAUGAAACUAGUAAAACUAUUCUGACAUUAAAUGUAUCUAGCAGUAAAUCAUCCAUCAAGGCUUCGAUAGGCUCUAAUCCAAAGGCAAAAGCUGCAACGUCAAAAACUGAAAACCAGAAAAGUUUACUAAAAUCUGUGUUCAGAGAUCAAAUAAAUGCGGAAAAGAAACUUGUAGCCAAGGAAUUAGGUGUACUUAAGCCUACAAGUUCUGGGUCCUUGGCACAAAGCAGCAGUAAAUCCAAACUCACUCAAAGCAGUGUUACCAGAGGUGGAAGUGGAAGAGUAUCAGCCCUGCAAGGCAAGGAUUCUAAACUGGAUUACAGGGAUAUAACAAAACAGUCUCAGGAAACAGAGGCUAGACCUUCCAUCAUGAAACGGGAUGACAGCAACAAUAAGACUUUGUUUGGGCAAAAUACUAAGAAUUCUAGAAGUACCACUAGUAGAAGUUCUAAAUCUAAAGAGGAACCAUUAUUUCCCUUCAAUUUGGAUGAAUUUGUUACUGUGGAUGAGGUUAUAGAAGAAGUGAAUCCUUCUCAAGCCAAGCAGAAUCCACCAAAAGGAAAAAGGAAAGAGACUCUUAAAAAUAUCCCUUCCUCUGAACUUAGGUUAAAGAAGAAGGGAGAAAGUUCUGCCCCUCAUGUUGUUGAGGGAGAAUUGUCUUUUGUGACAUUGGAUGAGAUUGGGGAGGAAGAAGAUGCAGCUGCACAUCUAGCACAAGCUCUAGUUACAGUGGAUGAAGUAAUUGAUGAAGAAGAACUAAAUAUGGAAGAAAUGGUAAAAAAUUCAAAUUCACUUCUUACAUUAGAUGAGUUAAUUGAUCAGGAUGAUUGCAUUUCCCAUAGUGAGCCUAAAGAUGUUACUGUCUUGUCAGUGGCAGAAGAACAAGAUCUUCUCAAACAGGAACGCUUAGUAACUGUGGAUGAAAUUGGAGAGGUAGAAGAACUACCUUUAAAUGAGUCAACAGAUGUAACUUUUGCCACUUUGGAUACUAAAGGUGAUGAAGGAAAUACUGUGAAUGAGUCCAUCGGAUUCAUUUCUUCUCAGUUGCCUGAAGACCCAUCUACGUUAGUUACUGUUGAUGAAAUACAAGAUGAAAACACUGAUAUGAAUUUAGUGACUUUGGAUGAAGUAACUGAAGAGGAUGAAGACUCUCUCGCAGAUUUUAACAACCUUAAAGAAGAACUUAAUUUUGUUACUGUUGAUGAAGUUGGAGAAGAGGAAGAUAGAGAAAAUGAUUUAAAAGCUGAGUUGGCGCAAAGUAAAAAUGAUCAUCCCAUAGGUGGUAGAAAGGGAGAUCAAAGAAAGAGACCUGUGGAUACAACGAAGACAAAACUUGAAUUGUCCCAAGUGGGUCAAAUAGACGAGAAUGUUAAGGAAGAAGAUCUGAAAGCCAUGAUUGAAAGACAUUUUGCUGCUAAAACACCAACCAAGAGAGUUAGAAUUGGGGAGACACCACCAUCAGAAAAAGCAGAUGCAACAGAACCAACAAAAGGUGAAGAGGCCUUCAAAAUUAGUGAAGUAGAUGAAGAAUUUGAAUUAGAUGACUCAGAACCAGAGCGAAAACGCAUGAAACUUGAGGACUCAGAGGAAUCUGAUGCCCCUACUGAUUUAGACUUUCUUGUCCCCAAGGCUGGAUUCUUCUGUCCAAUUUGUUCCGUCUUCUGCUCAGGUGAAAAGGCAAUGGUAAAUCACUGCAAGAGUACACGUCAUAAGGAAAAUACAGAGAAGUUCAUGGCCAAUCAAAGAAAGGAGAAGGAUCAGAAUGAGGCUGAAGAAAGAAGCUCUAGGUGA